AUGCAAAACAUUGCUCUUACUAACAACAAUCUUGCUGGAGAGAUACCAGCGGAGCUAGGUAACCUUAAUAAACUACGGAUAUUGGGAUUAGCUCGAAAUAAGUUUACUGGUUCCAUUCCUGCAGGCAUUUUCAACAUAUCAGCACUGCAGAUCCUAUCACUUAUACAUAACAGGCUUUCAGGUACUUUACCUUCACAUUUAGGCCGUGGAAUGCCCAACGUAGGAGAGCUUUAUAUUAGAGGGAAUAAUUUGACUGGUUUUAUCUCUGCAACUAGCUCAAAUUCUUCGAAACUCAGAAUGGUUGCUCUUUACAACAACAGUUUCACGGGUCCAAUUCCUGAAUCGUUUGGUAGGUUAGAAAACCUUGAGGUUCUGCACUUGGGGGGGAAUAACUUUUCUAGCAAUUCGGCAUUGAGUUUCCUGACAUCUUUGACAAACUGUAGGAAACUAAGACUACUUUUUUUUUAUAGGAAUCUGUUGGAUGGUGUUUUACCUGCAUCUCUUGGGAAUUUCUCUGACUCUCUAGAAAUGUUUGAAGGACAAAGUUGUAAACUGAAGGGUGUCAUUCCUGAAGAAGUUGGUAACCUUACUGGAGUGAUAAAGAUGAUUCUGUUUAACAAUAAAUUGACUGGACAUAUUCCAAAAGUUGUCCAAGGCAUACUGAACCUUCAAGAACUUUACCUACAAAGCAACAAGCUAGAAGGAACAAUACCUGAUGUUAUCUGCAAUUUAAAGCAUCUUGGCGCAUUAGACUUGUCAGGAAAUCGAUUUUCUGGUUCCGUGCCACCAUGCAUAGGGAAUGUUACUAGUUUAAGGCAACUUUACCUAGCUUCUAACAGGCUGAAUUCGAGAUUACCUGCUAGCUUGGGGAGCCUUCAAGAUCUCAUAGAAUUCAAUGUUUCAUCCAAUUUAUUAAUUGGGAAAAUACCUUCUGACAUUGGAAAUUUAAAGGUUGCAACACUCAUUGAUCUGUCGAAAAAUGAUUUUUCUGGUGAGAUACCUAGAACUCUAGGGGGUAUAGAUAGAUUGAUUAAACUUUCUUUGGCACAUAAUAGAUUAGAUGGGCUUAUUCCAGAUCUACUUGGCAAAAUGCUGGCAUUGGAAUUCUUGGAUUUGUGCAAUAACAAUCUUAGUGGUGAAAUACCAAAAUCAUUAGAAGCUCUUGUUUAUCUCAAGUACCUGAACAUCUAA